UCAUGAACUGGGCAUGGAUGUGGCUUUAAACUGGGAGCCAUGUUUUGUGGAGUCAUGUGUCUUAAUGAGGACUUGUUGAGAAGAUGGUGCUGAGGAGAGGCGGCUGGAGCUGAAGAUGUCUGGUGCUGGAUGCUCAGCAGCCGCCUCAUCAUCCCAUCCAUCCUCCCACAGCAAAAAAUAAAUGAGUCAACAUGGCCGCGGAGCAGUUCGCCCUGCAGCACCACUGAGACACGGAAUAAAACAACACACAGAUUAAAUGGCGUUCAUGUCCCGGUUCUCCCGGUCCCGGAGCAGCUCCAGGUCCCCGAACCGAAAAGACUCCGAGCGCGUCUCCCCGAACCUGACCGUGUCCGAGCUGGAGAGGCUGCUGUGCACGGGCAAAACAGCCUGUAACCAUGCAGACGAAGUGUGGCCACGACUCUAUAUUGGAGAUCAAGAUAUCGCAUCCGACCGACGUGAGCUGGCCAAACUUGGCAUUACACACAUCCUCAAUUGUGCCCAGAGCAAGUGGCGCGGUGGUGCCGAGUAUUACGCCGGGAUGAACAUCACUUAUCACGGCAUCGAGGCGCACGACUCCCCCACAUUCGACAUGAGUGUCAACUUCUAUCCUGCUGCUGAGUUCAUCCACAAAGCCCUCACGAGUGGAGGUAAGGUGCUGGUCCACUGCACUGUGGGAGUGAGCCGCUCAGCCACUCUGGUGCUGGCCUACCUGAUGAUCAGACAGAACCUGACGCUGGUGGAGGCCAUCAAAACAGUGAAGGACCACCGAGGCGUCAUCCCCAACCGAGGUUUCCUCCGCCAGCUCAACGGCCUGGACGGCAUCCUGAGAGACAGCCGUAAGACGUCGCCGCAGAGCUGAAAACACGACACACACACACACGUACACACACAACCUACGGUAGCAGGAUUGGUUACACUGGGGGAGAUCAUGGGACGCUGUGGCUCUGAGUGGCAGCAGGUCACAGCAGGGUUUCACUAAUAUGACUCAAGUCAUUCAUUUGUAUUUGUUUUUAUUUAUUAUGUAUUUUAUAUUUGAGCUUCUGAAACAACACUAGGAUGGUAAAACCUCCAGUGAAGCCAACGUCCUUUAAGAUAUGACAUAUAUUGAAUGUCAAAGGAAAACUCAGUCUAUUAACGAAGAAUUCAUUUGAGUCAAGUCGGUUUUUAAAGGGUCACAAGCAGAACAGUUUGGGAACCACUCGUUUCUUCUUGUACGAGAGUGAAGUCCACUCCUUCCACUUUCCAAUCGAACUUCAGACCAUUCCUCUUGAGCCGGAUGUUUUGCUGCCACUGCACCUGCAGAAGAGUGCACAGCUCAACUCUUGGUUGCUAAUACACUGCAGGAAUCCGUCAUAAAGUCUCAUCGCUGGUGCAAUGUUCCUUGUUUCAGGAAAUUUCUCAUAAUGUGCCGAAGAUUUUUACUGAAAUCUCAACUCCCUGGUAGAAUUGUAUCACUUGUUGAUUUCACUUUAUUAACAACGUUUCAGUCGUCCUUCAACAGGUCAAAUUCAACGAUCCUCAUCAGCAAAGGCGUCUUCAUCACCGGGGAUGAGGGGGACAUGUGCGUCUCAGUUUUACUGUCCAAAAUGCUCAUCUGAAGUAAUUUAGCUAUUAUUUUCAGAUAAUUCUCCCUAAAAAGACACAACUGAUCAUCAAUCAAAGAUAAAUCAGCAAGAUACAAAAGUCUUUGUAGUAAAGAUAUAAAUAAAACAUUAUUUAUCAUUAGAAAUAGCAGUUUAAAUGUGUUGUCCAACAUUUCUUAUAUAACAUUUUAGCAAUAUUUAUCGAAACAUUUUCAGGUUUCUAUAAAAGAUUAUUGGUUGAUUUUAUUAUAAUUCAGCGAUUUAUGUAGCUUUUUUGGUAUCUGGAAAGCACGAUAACCAAUUUAAUCAUAAUGUAUUAUUUGCGAGAUGAUAUACAUUAAAAUAAACAAAGAAAAUAUCAUUUAUAUUACUUUCCUAUACUUGGUGUUAAAACGAAGCAUCUUUAAUAAAGUGAUUACAAGUGAACUGGUUAACACGGAGGUAACAGUAUUGCCUCUGGCCCCCAGUGCUACCAGUGGGAGAUUAUCUGCAGUGUUCCUAUCAGCCGGCCUGGAGCUCAGGGUUUGGAUUCGAGGGUCCCCAUGCUCCCUUUUGCACGGGUCCCUGAACCGACCACACCUGGUUCUGUCCACACAUGGGCUGUACUGUCUUUUGUAAUCAAAGCGGAGAGUUACACCUCUGAUAUCAGCCCUCAGAAACAACACUCUUGCUCACUCUUCCCUAUAGUUUAAGUAUUUGCAGGUCUUCCCUCAACUUACUUUUUUUUUACAUUCAGCAAGUGUCAUUAAGUGCUCUGAACAACUCGCACACAAGCGCAGGUCUAUACCAGCACAGUUAUGUAGCCUGUUGAUUACUGUAUUACAGUGUUGUCACAAUCUGUACACAAUUGUAAUCUGUGACCAGCACAUGUGAGUAUACUAGGAUUUAUGUUUAAAUUCUAUGUAUUGUCUCAAUCAAAUGGUAUUUCAAAUAACUACCGUCCUUGACUUUAGAGAUCUUGUGUGUGUGGUGAUCUGAAAAACAAGAGAUUUAAGCCCAUUUGGACGGGAUUGACAUUAGAGGUGGAGGUGAAAUGAAAUAUGCACCGUUCACCUCUGUAGUUGAACUCUUCGUUCCGGACGACAUUUUAAUUAUCAUGAAAUAAUCAUAGACAUUCAGCAGGACAAAACCAGUCUAAGAUAGUGCAGGAGGUGAAUUUGAGUCAAAAUCGCAGUCAUAACUCAGUUAGUGUGACUUGAACUUGGGGAUAUCCUUAUUUACAAUGUACAUUGUUAAUAAAUAUCCACAAAUCCUGGAAACAGAAGUUUUCUUCAGUAUCGAAGUAAUCCAGUUACAGUUGUCUGUACAUCUAUGGUUACACUGCUAACAUGAACUGCUACUGGAUCAUUUGACGUACUUUUAAUGCUGCCAAUUUGCCAAAAUGUGAACAAAUAUAGGCUUUAAAAAACAGUGGUUUCAAAGAGAAAACCUACCUGUGGAUGACAUUACAACUGCAUAUUUGAUGAGCUUUGAUGGGGUCUUGCUCUCCUGAUGGCUACUCCAUUUUUUAAAGAAAUGAAUAAGAAAAAGGGAGAAGGAUCCAACAUUACAAAUUGUCCAAAUUACCGUAGGACAAACCGGGAAGACAUCAGAAUUUCAGUAGAAAAUCAUCCAACCUCCAAUAAAUCCAGUCCGAAUGGGGCUUUAGUCUCGACAUCGUACUCUGACGAGGCAACUUCCAGUCUGGUGUAUCACUUCAACUUUGCAGUGACUGUCAGCUGUCCAGAGUAGCACUCUGAAGUGAGGAUUUAAUAUACCAGCACAAGAAGCAUUUAGAGUAGACGUGCGAUGGGACACGAUACCACAUACGUGCCAUUGCAAAAGCUACCAACUGCCUGGAUGUCAGGAGAGUGCACACAGUGUUCAGUGCUGCACGCGAGUCUUGCAAAGUCUGCUCUUUUGUCACGGUGAUAAGUGAGACUUGUGUUCUCAUGCUAAUGAAAAACAAUAGAAGAUCCAAUGCUGAAAUUCAAACCAGCUUUUCAAAUACCCUGUGUGUUAUUAAUGAAUACCUCAAGUGUCACGUCUGAAACUUCUUUGUGGCUCGUGGUCUUCGUCAGUGCUGUUUUUAACACCAGCUCAUGUGCAGAAAAAGUGUAAAUAAAUAGCUAAUCAGUGGGUUUGAACAGUCUGUGGAGAUAUAAAGGUAUAGUUCAAGCUCAAUUGCUUUCCUGCCUCUCUCUGGGCACUGAGCAUGGAGCUGAGGCGGGAGGUGAUUAGCUUAGCUUAGCAUAAAGACUGGAAGCAGGGGGAAACAGCCUGGCUCUGUCUAACUUGUUUUUACAUUUCUGUUUGUUUACAGAUUAAACAAACAAGAGGUUUCAGGUAUUUGUCCCGUAUGUUGCUACGCCUUUCAACGUGUGUGUGUUUACAAACAGCAACGAUCGACCAGUCAUUUUUUUUAUAGGAGUUCACAUUUCUAACGGAGGUUUGGCGAUUUUGUUUUGCGGAAAUGACUCGAGCAGAUUUGAUCAGCUGUAGAGACUAAAGCUAACAUGUACCAAGAAAGAAAGCAGCAUCCACUUGAUGCUGAAGUUAGAGAUGUUGGUCACCUUUUUUUCCUUGUUUCAAGUCUUUAUGCUAAACUAAGAGAUUUCAUAUUUACUGAACUAUAUCCUUAAAGAGUGUUUUGUGUUGUGGCCUUGGAAAGGACCAUCACGGGUUUGCUUGCAUUGUGUGUUAAAUUAAUAUCCAUUUGCAUCACAGUUGGGGAUGAAUACAGGACCCGAGGGGCCACGUCAGACCCCUAUGUCCAUAUUGCAUGAAAGAUAUUUUUUCAUUUGUCACAUUUUGUAUAAUAUCUGGAUCUGAAUUGUGAAGGCAUGAAGUUACUGCCAUUAGUCCAGAAUCAACCCGUAACAAAUGCAAUGUUACAUUUUGUGUCAGGAAAGCAGAGACUUCCUGUCAAACACGAUGAUGUCCUGGUGCAGCAGAAUCUUUCCACUCAGUUAACACACAGAAGAAACGCUUCGUCAAACUAUCCAAGGAUAUUUUGUGGACAGGGCCUCUCUCUUUACCUUUGCUGUAUUGGAUCUAUGUUUUGUAUUUGUGGUUUUACUGUGCUGUGAUUGGUCGUUGAUCUCAAUCCCCGUUUAUAUUCUCGUAAUAUUUUGGUUUUCUAACGGAGAACUUUCUAUAGGGACACUUGAAUUCUUUUAAUUUAUUUUUGUAUCACUCUCUUUGGAGGUUCAUUGAAGGGGAAACUGGCAAAAGGAGAUGUUGAUGCCUUAAUCUGUGUACUUAAAGUUAGAUGUUAGACUUUGUUCCUAUGUUUUUACUGUGGAAACUGAAAAUUGAUAACUUUGUUUUGAUAAAUUCUACUUAUCAGAAAUAAAAAUAAAAACUUCA